AUGCCAAAGCACCUGGCCACGUCCAACAUGCGCAAGGCCGAGCUCCUGGCCGAGCUGGCGCAAUGGGACGAGGACGGCUUCAGCAUGAGGGCGGAGAUGCUGCGGGCCAGGCACACCGACCUGGUCACGGAUGCGAAGGCCCUGGGAUGCGUCCUGGAUGGCAAGAAGACCCGGGGCGACCUUCAGAUCCUCGGCACAGAGAGGCACGAGCUCAACUUGGCGAGGGCCAAGGGGUGCGACCCGAUGCCGUUCGGCAGACACCAGGGCAAGACGAUCUGGAAGCUGCUGGAGCGGGAGCGGGGGCACGCCAGAUGCAUGGUCAGCAUGAACAGCUACCAGUUCCAGCGAAUCACGGACUGGUUGGUCUCGCAGGGGGCGACGCGGUCCAUGCGGGAGAAAUCCAGCGAGAUGGACACCAACGCGAAGACCAAGGAGGAGCAGAUCAUCGACCUGCUGGGCGACGUGAAGAUGGCCAUGAGCGUGCUGACGACCAGGGUGCAGAAAGUCGAG